GCCCAGAGAGAAUGGGUACUCUUUAUAAUCCUUUGUCACGAUUGAUAAAUGUGUUCUUGUUUCUAUUCUAGCUUGUAUAAGGAGUUUGGCAUUGUCAAUGUUCCAUAGCGAUGUUGCCCUUUUCGGAAUUUAGUACAGUAAGUUAAAGUGUACACCAAUGCUGAGUAGUAUUUCUGAUUCAUUUCAGCUUCUCCCGUGUCGAUUUGUGUCUGAUGUAUCUGCAUUCAUCACCGCUAUGACUAUUGUUACCGAUUCUCCCGCCACCGGCGCCGGCGUUGCGCAAUGGUCCACAUCGAUAGCCGCUUGAUGAGCAUCGUCUGGAACAGCGUCGCCUUCAGUAUUGGUGCCAGUCUAUUCUACAAAGCGCUGGAGCCGCGACCACCAAACAGAUGGCGGGAAGUUGCUCCCCCAAUCCCCUCUGGCGGCUAUCAAAGAUGCUAGCUACCCAGAACCACGUGCUGAUUGAUACAGUUCGAUUUAUGCUUGGUAGCUUUCCCAGCUGGCAAGCUGGUUACUUUCCCUGCGUGUG